AUGUUCCGGCGGUCUCUUUCCCGUCAAACCACAAGACGAGUCGUAGGUACGCCAAGUACACAUGGCUUCUCAACACCAUCCAAUUGCACAGCGGACUUCACGAACCAAUCCACACCCCACGAUACCCGCACGAUAGGUAGCGCUCUUGUACGGAAGCCUCGAUCCGCAAAACAACGCUGCUCUACCGCUGUAGGUACGGAAGAUGGUUCCAGUUUUCAACUGUUCCCCGCGAAGAAACAAACAUACGCAGGAUCCAGGUUCGUCGGUGGGAGUAAUGAUCAUCAGCGCCUUAUGGAUUCGAUUCGACCAGAGUACGCGACUAUGCGUCGUGCCCACUUCAGCAAGGGUUUGCACUGCGUCGGAUGCGACGAGUCUGGAGAGUCCACGGCGGCUGGCGGAUCCGUCAACCAGCGCUGGUACCUACUAGGAGUACUACACAAGCUCGCAUGCGAAAGGCAGGUCUGGACAGUCUGCUCACCAAUAGAAGGGGGCUUUCUGGUCCGUCAACUGGCUGACGCCCUGGCUGACGAUCCACGCUGUAUGUGGGAAAGACGAUAUGGACAUGGCGCUAUGCCCUCACAACCACCAGCCUGCCGAUCUGUCGUUCGUGGCACAUCUGGCUCCAACGAGAUAGCUACAGUAUUGCCUCAGCUGCCCAUCACUUGUUCAAAAGCAAACAUGGGAUCUGUCUCCGGUGAAAACACCAUUAGCGCGCCUCAAGCUGCCAUCAAUGAAUUCUGGGAGAACCUCAUCACCAAAAGGCCUGCUAAAGUCACCAAAAUCUUUCCAUCCAGCUUAUACGCGCAUCUGCUGCCACCACCCCGCAAGUCAGAAACCGCUACGGGGGAAAAUGCAGCCGAAUCCUAUCAGGCAGCGGCGAAUGAGUGUCGUGCACGUGUGAAACGCAUCGUGCGGGAAUGCCACAGAACAAAUGAGAAAUUCGAAGACGCAGAUUUCGAUAUUGGAGAUCUUGAAGACAAGAAUUGCUUGGAGGGCUUGAUGCACUGGUAUAAUGAGCCCUCUACCACGACAGCAGCCAGCAUGAGCACAUCACGCCUAGGGUCAGCACUUUCUACCCUUAUCCAAAGCGAUGUUCUCUUGCAAAACGCUGCGACAUUUGAUCUUGUCACGGCAGCGAAGCUCCUAAACGGCAAUCAAUCCACCAACGACGACAGUGGGCCGGGUUCUGUUCAUCGACUGGAUUGGAUCUUUGAGAAGCCCCAAUUUGAGAUUGACGGAUUCUCAAGCUCGGAUGUCGUCCAAGGGUCCAAUGGAGACUGUUGGCUUAUUGCAGCCAUUGCCUCUAUCUGCAGUAACCCAGAGCUCAUAAAUAAGGUUUGUGUUGAACAUGAUGCCGAAUGCGGAGUGUACGGCUUCGUCUUUUACAGAGAUGGCGAGUGGAUCUGGACAGUGGUUGAUGAUAACCUCUACCUGAAGCACAAGGAUUUCGACGCGUACGGUGACAUGUACGACCCAACUGGUUGCAAGGAGGCCAAAUAUAGACAGAACCAUCAAACGGGAUCGACUGCACUUUACUUUGCCUCUUGUGCGGACGAGAAUGAGACCUGGCUACCUCUACUGGAAAAGGCAUAUGCAAAAGUACAUGGUGAUUAUGAUGCCAUCUCUGGCGGUUGGAGUGGCGAAGCAAUUGAGGACCUGACUGGUGGUGUGACGACGAAGAUCAUGACCGAUCGCGUUCUCAGCAAAGAUCGCCUCUGGAAUGAAAUGCUCCAAGUCAAUCAGCAAUUCUUGUUUUCCGCCUCGUCUCCAAGCUCGUAUGGCGACGAUUCCGAUGCGAGAAGAGGUCUCGCGCUCAGUCACGCCUACUCAAUACUCAAGGCGGUCGACGCGGACGGUGAAGACGGCAAGAGACAAAGAUUGGUCUUGAUACGAAACCCUUGGGGCAAGAGAGCGAAUGCCGGAAUGGGCGAGUGGACUGGGCCAUGGUCAGAUGGCUCAGCCGAGUGGACGCCGUAUUGGAUGAACAAACUGGGCCACAAAUUUGGUAACGACGGCCUUUUCUGGAUGUCAUACGAAGACAUGCUCAACAGGUUCAAUCUGCUAGAUCGAACACGACUGUUUGAUGCGGACUGGACAGUUGUUCAGCAUUGGACAAGUGUUUCAGUGGCUUGGGUUACGGGCUAUCUCAAUACCAAGUUCUCGGUUCAAAUAAAAAGGGCUGGGCCUACGGUGUUUGUGCUCUGCCAGCUUGAUGAUCGCUAUUUUCGCGGGUUGAACGGCAAAUACGACUUUAACCUGCAUUUCAUAUUGCAAGAGAAAGACGCGCCCAACGGUGAAUACAUUGUUCGAGCCCGUGGUGCCUGGUUUGGGAAUCGGAGCAUUUCUGCCGAGGUUCAUUUGGAAGCGGGCACAUAUGAGGUCCUACCCAAGAUUGAGGCUUCACGCGAUGCCGACGCCCCAGACGUGCACGAUGUCGUCACCAAAGUAGCACAUCGCAAUCCGCAGAAGCUCAGACAAAUCGGGCUCAACUAUGACAUUGCCAAUGCAAAAGGUGUGUUGGAAGAGUCAGAGGACGAGAAGGAAAAGGAAGAAAGGAAAAGGAAGGAAGCCGCAGAAAAGAAGCAGAAAGAGAAGGAAGCAGAGGAGAGGGAGAGGGAGGAUUUUGAAGCAUGGAAGAGAGGGGAGAAAGCCGAUUAUGAAGCCUGGAAAAGGCAAAAGAUACGUGAGGAGAAGAGGAGAUCAACACAAGAGCCGGUCAGCGAAAUACCACAGCAUGCAGAGGUCAAGGCAGCUGUUGUGGAGGAGACUUCGCCAAGCUUGUCAACCUCCAAGUCUGUCUCUCACAAGCCUAGUCUAGAGCAUGAUCAACAAGCUCUUCUCACGGAUGUCGAGAAGGGCGAUGCCCAAGAAACAAGUGAACUCUCCAUCCGCCCUAAAGACGCAGCAGCGGAUGCAGACAUGAAGAUGAGCUCGAUCAUGGAGCCAAAGGUCCAAAUCAGUCCAGCCAGCGACGAAAACGACGAGCCGAUCAACGAGCAACCCAAUCGUGAUGACAGUGAUACUAUCCAGCCACCCCCCCGUGCUCCUCUUUCAGCCACAUCACGCAUGACCGAGCACGACGGCAGAGAUCAGGGGCUGCUCGACGAGCACAGAGAUGAGCGCAGUGUCUGCGCGGCGGAAGAGAACCGACCAGCACGUCCAAGAGCAGCCCAAGGUGCCGUCGACAAGGAAGAAGCCAGACCGUGGAACGCGGUUUGCGUGUUGGGUCUCAGGGUGUAUAGUCAGGAUUCCGAGGUCAGCAUUCGGCUGGUUAAGCCGAGGGAUGUGGAACAAGGUGCGAUUUUGGAUGUUGAUGGUGAUACGGCUGCGGGUGCAACUAUGUAG